AUGUUCCGCCAAACACUAUCAUCCUCUGCACGACCCGCUGCACGCAUCGCAGCGCUCCAGCGCAGCACCAUCGCUCAAACCCGAUUCGCUUCGGGAGGAUCGUCCUACAAUCAGCCUACCGGUUUGCUCUUUGGUGAAAAGGUUCCCAAGGGCCAGAAGCGUCAGAAGGAAGACUGGGAGAACAUGUACUACUUUGGUCUCUUUGGCGGUAUGGUCUUUGCCGGCGUUGUCCUCCUGUACAAGCCCGACACUAGCAUCCAGACUUGGGCCAUGUCCGAGGCAAAAAAGCGUCUUGAAUCCUCUGGCGACGUCUGGCAAUACAAGCCAUCGCCAAACUCUGGUCACCCCAACGGCGUUUAG